AACAGCAGGGCGGGCGGCCCGUUAACGUCCAGUAGCGAAGAAGCGCGCACACUUGCCUAACGCUUCAGUUCUUGACUCUUCAGAACUUCGGGGUGAAUGAGUUAUAGUGAAGUGCGAGUGGAAAGUACGAACUUUUAACGGAUGUUUUAAUAAUACCUUUAUGACAAUUUCAUCAACCUGAGAAAAUGAAUACUCAAAGCAGAUGCCAAACAUCCUUUAGAAUCAUGACAAAUAUAUUACAUUAAAUUGUAACAAAUAACAUAGGUCUAUUAAAUAUGGAUAUAGACGAGAAAGUAUCCGGGCCCGGUGGGGCCUCCCAGAAGAACUGGACCCAUUUGAACGCCACAGAUGAAAUGCCAAUAGAUAUGCAGUUCAACCAUGGUCACAUGGUGUCCAUAACGGUGUUCAGUGUAUUGAUGGUGAUAUCAGCAACGGGGAAUUUGACAGUGCUGUCGCAACUGGUGAAGAGAAGGAAAAUGGGAAGGGCGAGUAGGCUGGAUGUACUACUCAUGCAUUUGGCUGUAGCUGAUCUUAUGGUGACAUUCCUGAUGAUGCCGCUGGAGAUAGCGUGGGCGGGCACCGUGCAGUGGCUGGCGGGCGACCUCAUGUGCCGCCUGAUGAUGUUCACGCGCACCUUCGGCCUCUACCUGUCCAGCUUCGUGCUCAUAUGCAUAGCGAUCGACAGAUAUUAUGCCAUUCUUAAGCCACUGAACGUCACCUGGGAGGCUAGGGUGCGUCGAGCCCUCACGAUAGCCUGGAUCUGCGCUGGUCUCGCCAGUCUGCCUCAGAGCUUCAUAUUCCACUUGGAAGAGCACCCUGACGUCAAAGGGUACUUCCAAUGUGUGUCAUACGGUUCGCUGCCGACGCGCCGGCACGAGCUGGCCUAUUUCCUGCUGAACAUGACCCUGAUGUACAUUGCGCCGCUCAUCUCCACGCUGUACUGCUCCUCUGCCGCGUUACUCGAGAUCAUUCGGCGAGCGAAUACCACUAAUGAUAAGAUGCGUCGAAGUGGAGUGGGCAUCCUUGGCCGGGCGAGGGCUAGGACGCUCAAGAUGACAGUCACCAUUGUACUAGUUUUCUUCGCCUGCUGGACUCCUUACUACUUUUAUUGUAUCUGGUUUUGGAUAGACAACGAUAUCGUGCACCAACUAGAUCCAGCGUUUCAGAAGGCAAUGUGGCUGUUUUCGUGUACAAACUCGUGCGCGAACCCCGUCGUCUAUGGCGUGUUUAACAGGAACCGCUGGACGUGGCGUUCAAACAACGCUCGGUGUCGAAACGGCUGGAGAAGAGGAUCCCGAUUCCCACACGGCGAUUCCAUGGAGAUAUCGGCGGCGACAUUAGCUCGUGCAAGAAAUUCACUACACGAUCGUCAAAGCAGAAGAGAUUCUGCUUUUAUUUAUAACGGUUCACAAAAACAAAUUUUAAAUAAUAACAAUAACGUGCAUGGAUUGUCUAAGCAGACUGUGUAAAAAACGGAACAGUGAAUAAAGUUAAUAUAUCAAUAGUGGUGUUGUCAAAAAAUACCGAAAUAUCAAUGUUGUAGUGCAGGGUAACAAUAACGUUACCAGUUUAAGUUAUAAUAUUAACGCGUUAUAAAACGAUAACAUUGUAUGUUGGUUAUUAAAGUGUCAAGGCAUUAAAAAUUAAAAACCUACGUAAUCAAAGAACCAAAAUUAAUUUGGUUUUUCUCUAUGAAAAUACAGUUUCAAUCUUUUUUCAUGUUAAUGAACAAAAUAACGUGUAGAUAUAAUUUAAAUUGUAAAAUUAAACUUUAUGAAUAAAUUAAGAAUCUCUGUUAAGAAUGUUAAAUUGUUAAAUAUUUAAAAGAGAGCUUUAAAGUUCUUUAUACAUAUCUUUAAUGUAGUAAAUAAUUAGGUAGGCAUAGGAUUUUUAUUUUGUAUAUAUAGUCUUUUUAAUAGUUACGAUUCGUGAUACGAUACCAAAUAUUGUGAGCUGGAGUUGAAGCCAAUUAAAUUUAAUCGAAUAAAUUAAAAUUUAUAAAUGAAACUAAAAUAAAUUAAAAAAAAUAUUCGAUUACAAAUUAGUUAUUUCGGUUUCCAAAUCCAAAUUGUUAUGUUUAUAUCUUGGUGUAGAUACUCAAAUAAUUUGUAAGUGUUUUAGUCGAAAAAAUGUUUGUGACAUUCCUUAAUAUUAGUUACUUACCAAGCACAUUCCUUAUUUUAUUUUUUGUAAUUUUUUGUUACUUGUCAGUGAUUGAACAUGGUUAUAAGCACGGUGUACCAUAAACAGUGUAAGAUUGGGACAUUUUAUGUGAAUACCACGAUAUUUUUAUUUCUCUAGAAUAAAUAAAUGAAUAUGAUCAAGAAUUUGAACAGCAAAUAAUAAAUAAAUAAUGUCAAGGAAAAAUUGUUGCAAAAUAAUCAGCCACUCUUAUAUUUAUCGGUAUACCUACCAAUCAAUAUAUUGUAUGAAACUGUCAGAGACAAAUUGUGCAUGCAAAUAAGUAAAAUUUUUAUUUUAUUUUAGGUAUUUUGUUUUAGUGCAAUUUGUCCGUUGGCUGUGAAGUAAUAGAAAAAUCGUUAGAAAAUUGUGAAAUGAAUCAAACUUUUAUACCAACUUAAGCCUUAAGUAAAAGUUCAAGGUAAUCCGAUUAAUAAAAUAUAUAAGAUUUUCAUAAAUUCUGUUUCAUUCAAAAACCUUUUCUUUAAAGACCAUUUACCAUCAAAUUAAACUGUAUCCACUUUAAAUCUGCCUUCGAUAAAAAAGGAAAAUUAAUAAUAAAAUUGCUACAAUAAGUAAGUAUUUAUUAAAAUAACAUUUCAAAAAGAAUCGAACACGAGCUACAGUAAAAUUAUAAACUACUAUAACCAGUUGAAACUCACGUUUAUUUUAUCAGGAUAUUAUACUGGACUAUUAGAAAGUCUAGGUUAUAGUAGUUUAAAAUAUAUCACUCACAACUAUAGUGAUAUAUUAUAUAACAUAAAAGUGAAGUAUAAAUAUUGCAGUUAUCUAUAUAAAAUCUAUUAUUUAUGAUUUUUAUCAAAGAUAAAACAGAAAAAUUUAGUCCUAACUUAAGGAAGUUCGAAUAACAAAAAAUAAUAAUUCAUAAUAUGGAUAGGUAUCUUACACAGAAAUAGGUAAUGAAAAAGUAUUAUUCUAAAAGUUUUUUUAUAAAUAAAUAAUAAGUGUCACGGUACUAAAAAUAUCUAAUUACUAUACAUUACAACAAUAAUUGAUAAUAAACAUCAUAUAAUAAAAUCUCGAAAUAGAGCUCCAUUCUCUUUUUUUACAUUAAAUAUUUAUCUUAAAACUAGUUUAUGGCCAUUUUGAAAAGGUCAUUUUACGAAAAAUAAAGAAUUUAUGAUAUACUAUGUAUUUUUAUAUUCCCCUUCUCUUUUUUCAAUAAAGUAAAAAAAUUAAUAUGUUCUAUACAAUUUUUAAAUCGUUCAUAACGAUUGAUAACUUAUUAAAUUUUCAAAAAUGAUACUAAGAAAGUGAUAUUAGUAUUUAUAG